AUGCCAUCGCAGUCAGUACCAUCGACGAUCAUUCAGCCUGGCUCAUCACCUCAAGCACAAGGUUUUUCGGCGAAGAGUCCAACAAUGCCUUGCCAGAAUGGUGCAUGUCCUCCACCAUUUACAUGCGUUGAUAACGUUUGCGUAAAAGGUAAAGUUUGCAAGACCAGCAGUUAUUGUGACGAUCCAAGAUUUGAAUGUAAUCAACAAAUCUGUGUCCCAAAGCCUGAGUGGAGGCCGGAAUACAGCUUAAUGAUGUGUCCUUGUCCUCCAUCGGCUACUUGCGUGAAAAACUUCUGUGUUGUAAGCAAAUUUCCUUGCCAGAAUGACAACGAAUGUGGAAGUCCACAACUGAAGUGUAUCGAGUUCAAUUGCGUUGUUCAAAAACAAGCUCCCUCAGUGCCUACAUUGCCACCGACAGCUCCCUCAGCGCCACCGACAGCUCCCUCAGUGCCUACAUUGCCACCAGCAAAUGAGUCCAAGCCUUCAAUGCCUAGCCAGUCACCAGAUACAGUGCCACCGCAACCAUCAUUCGACUGCGUGAACGGUACUUGUCCCGAACCUUACGUGUGCAUAGCUGGUUCCUGUGUAAGGGGUCAGCGUUGCAAGAUCGAUUCCGAUUGUGGUUACUCUCGUGUUAAAUGCUUAAAAGGUUUGUGCAUGCAAGUUAAACUCAAAAUUAUGCAACCAAUACUUGUUAUAGGAGACGAGAGUUAA